CGUCGCGCAGUUUCACACGUUCAUUUACGCCGCAGCAGCAGCGCAUCAUCCGGACAGACAGAGAGACGCGCCGCGCGGAUCCGCCGUGAGACAUGUGUGUGUGUGCGACCCAGCUCACUUCAUGCCUCUGUGUGUUGGCGUCACGGUUGGCGCAGUGAAGCACUCGCGGCUCCUGGCAUGGGCAGUGUAGGGAGCGGUGCGUCAAGUCAACGGCCCAUCACCAUGCGCAGCGUGGGCACUCGCACGACUCCUAACGGCCCACUGGCGGCCGCACCGCCUCCUAACUCCGCCCGCCGACGGCUGGACGACCGCAGCUUUAGCGCCGACCGAAUCCCCGGUCCAAGCACUAAGGCAAAGGGUGUCUCCGCCGACAGCUACAAUGCCGAAAGAGAUUAUCACGGCAACACUCGCAGUCACGGGGACUCCGAACGUACAGAGCCUCACAACGGUAAUCGCCAGCAAACAGUCAAUGGCGAGAGGCUGGUGUCGAACACCAUGUUCACAAACGGUGGGUCACGGAGGGAAGGUCACCGGCGUGGCGAGAGUCUGGACUUGUGCGGUAACAACAUCGUGCUUAACAAUGACAAAAACAGCAGUCAUCAAGUACCACCACAGCACAAAGAAAUGAGCAAAACCAAACCCGAUAAUCAAAACCCACCCAACAUCCUGCCGGUCUCUGGAAAACUGGAGCAUCCACAGACCAACGACUCUCUGGUGCGUCCAUCAGCUUUCAAACCCGUGGUGCCCAAGAGCUUUCAUUCCAUGCAGAAUCUGGUGUGCCCCCUUCAGACCAGCUCAGGGACGGGCGGGGGUCCGGGCAGCAGUGGCAGUCAAGGUAGCGGAGGAGAGAAAGGAAUCCAGAGCAUUUCUGGGGCCCAGUGGGAGCAGGACAGUCCCAGCAGCCGAGGGACACACACCGGCGCAAACAGGCCCGGGCAGGGCUGUCUUUCCGAUUCCGGGCGGAACUCCCUCACCAGUCUGCCCACUUACACGGGGUCAAGCUACGGACCGCCGCCCGCGCUCGGCCCGCUCAGUGCCUCCACCAGUCAUAUCAACCGGCUGGGCACCGUUGCCCUGGAGAAAAUCGAAAAGCCGGGUUACCAAAACGGGCUGAGUGCAUCUGACAGCGGCCGUUCCUCCUCAGGCAAGAGUUCUUCAUCGUAUCAACGCCUAAGUCAUCUGAGCGAUGCUUCUGCACCUCUGAGACCUUCUCCAUCCUCAGAUGAUGUCAUUCAAGAUCUGGAAGACCGUCUGUGGGAGAGAGAGCAAGAGGUAAGUGGCGUGAUGCACAUGCGGCGUAACCUGGACCAGAGCGAGGCGGCCAUCACGCAGGUGUUCGAGGAGAAGCAGCGCGUUUGGGAGCGUGAGAUGGAGGAGUUGAGACAGAACUACGCUGGACGUCUGCAGCAGGUGACCCGACGGGCUCAGCGCACACAGCAGGCCCUGCAGGCGCAGAUCAGCCAUCUGCAGCAGGACAAACGCAGACUGCAGGACGAGAUGACCCUGCUGCUCGCUCAGAGAGAAGAGCUGGAGAAGAAGUGUUUGGACUACAGGAAGGAGCAGGCCGACAUCCUGCCCAGACUCGAGGAGACCAAGUGGGAGGUGUGUCAGAAGGCCGGCGAGAUCUCUCUUCUGAAGCAGCAGCUGCGUGACAGUCAGGGUGAGGCGACACAGCGAGCCGGAGAGAUGGUGGCACUGAGAGGCCAACUGAAAGAUCUCAACGCCCAGCUGAGAGAGAGAGAAGAGGCCGAGAUCAGCCUGAAGGAGUCCUUCUGCACAAAGACCCUGGAGCUGGAGCGCUGUGAGGCCGAACUACAGACCAUGCUGGCGGAGGUCACAGUACUGAGAGACAAACUGAGCGCCUUUGAGACAGAAGUGAGCCGGCUGAAGAAAGCCCUGAGUGAGCUGAGCUGCAGUAGUGCCAGUCACGCAAGCGAGCCUAGUUUGGCUGAAAUGGGGCAGCUGGUGGUGUCCCACAGCCAAGAGCACCUCCUAUCCCCUCUGAGCCCUCCGGAGAUGCACACAUCUCUCCCCGCCCUUCCUCCUCUCACCCCACUGCCCGCCCUGCCUGCUCCAGAUCCGCUGCUGAGCGACGACUCCAAGGUCCAGUGGCAGGAGUCAGGCGACCUGCGGCGACAACUGGAGCGUCUGCAGGGCGAGCUACGUUUGGAGCGGCAGCAGCGCAAGCGACAGUCCGUCACCUUCGCGCAAGAGCGCCAAACCUGGCAGGACGAGAAGGAGCGGGUGCUGAAGUACCAAGCACAGCUGCAGCUCAGCUACGUGGAGAUGUUGCAGAAGAACCAGGCGCUGGAGGACCGUGUGGACAAGCUGGGAGUCCAGGAUGCAACUCCAUCCCUGGCGCCCCCCGUGACCUCACAGGACGUCCCCGCACCUGUUUCCAUCUCUCUAUCGAUCACCUCCCCCACGUCUCCAGCAGCGGAGAACAAGAUGCCAGAUCUGCACCAACUUGCUCCACCGUGGCCGGUUCCGACUCUACUGGAGAGGAUUGAGUCGACGGAGAUCUGACUGCGGCGAAUGUGAACUCGACGAUGCAGUAAAACCUGUAAAGUCCUGAUCACACUCGCAUUCAGUACAAUCCAAAAAACAAAUGGUGACAGCUUCCGAGGACUGUCCAAGGAUGCCCUGCUUGUUUGGGGCAGGCGUUUGGGUUGAGGGCUGGUUUGUUGGUUGGUUAUGCGCAUCUGUGUGGCCUUAUCA